GGCCUUGUGGUUAAAUACAGGGCCUUUGGCUCCCCCUCUUCACCAGGAGGGCGAGGGUGAGGUUUUGCAUAAUGUAAAUGGGGCCCUGGGUGGGAUUGCAAAGCUUUUCUUGCAGCCUGAGCCUAGACCGGGAGGGCUGAAGUUCUUAAUGUGCUGCAGAGGCCGGCCGGGAGAGGGCGUCAGCAGCGCUUCACGCCUUACCCUGGGGGCGGAGCGACGUGAUCUCGCGAGAUUGGCACGUCGGAGGCGUUCCGGGCCAAGCAUGGCGGACUCAGAGGUGCUGCUCAGGCGGGUUCCGAGCCGCUCCUCUUGGCAGCGGGUUCGCAAGGCCCGGCCCCACCUCCUCCUCAGUCGUCGGGGCCGUCGCCGGUUUGGGGUCCUGACCCGGGGAGAGCUGCGGCGCCUGCGACGGCGGCUGCUGCGGGCCCACGCCUUGGGCGGGGACUGGAAGGUGGGUGUCACCGCGGGCUCGCACGUGGCCGGAAAGUGCAAGGUCCGGACCCGCAGCCGGCCCGCGCCGGGCAGUGUGCCCACGCCCCGCAGCCAGCCCGCGCCCCGCAGCCAGCCCGUGCCCCGCAGCCAGCCCGCAUCCCGCAACCAGCCCGCGCCCCGCAACCAGCCUGCGCCCCGCAGCCAGUCCGCGCCCCGCAGCCAGCCCGCGCCCCGCAACCAGCCCGCGCGCCAUGUCCAAACCCUGUCAUCGAACGUCACCCAACCCACGCGGGACUUAGGCUCGGGCCGUGUGUUGUUGCUGCUGCCAGCCGGGGAGGGCUUUACUUUUAGUGGGAUCUGCCGGGUGACUUGCAUCUAUGGCCAGGUGGAAAUAUACGGCCAUAUCGUCAAACAGGGCCAGCCUGCCCGAGAUGUCUUCUCUGCCUAUACCAACUCUUACCUGACCAUCGGCGGGCUUCGGUACUCAGAACCUGAGAAGAGUGAGAAGGAGAUGCGAAGAGAGCUGCGGGCCCUGCUCAGGCCUCACAUGAAGCUGGAGGACAGAAACUGGGUAGUCCAGUAUUUCCCUCCCCUGGGCUCCAUUCUGCUGCUGGAGCAGCUGAGGACCCCCGCUGUGGACUUCAUGAGCUCCUAUAAGUGCGCAUCUUAUGUCUUCCUGCAGGAGAAUACUCCUGUGCGGAUUAAUUCUGAGUAUAUAACUUUGAAGACGAUUGGUAUCAGAAGACAGAGGAAGAAGAAAGGCAUCUGCCUGAAUGAGAGCGGCCUUUGUGCCCUAGAAGAGCUAGUCAGCGCGUCCUGUGUAGAUGGCUGCCCUGUCAUCCUGUUGUGUGGCGCUUGUGACACUGGAAAGUCAACGUUCAGUAGAAUACUGAUUAACCAGUUAUUGAAUAGCCUUCCUGGAGUUGACUAUCUGGAAUGUGACCUGGGGCAGACGGAGUUCACUCCUCCUGGCUGCAUUGCCUUACUUAACAUUACAGAAGCACUGCUGGGACCACCUUACACCCACCCGAGGAGGCCACAGAGGAUGGUGUACUACGGGAAGACGAAUUGUCAUAAUGACUAUGAGAAUUACAUCGAAAUAAUAAAAUACGUGUUCCGAGAUUACAAGAGAGAGUCCCCACUUAUCAUCAACACAAUGGGCUGGGUGAAAGACGACGGACUGCUGCUGCUGGUCGACCUGAUCCGACUGUUGUCUCCCAACUAUGUUGUUCAGUUGUCUACUGCCCGGGGACGCCUGAUGCCCGCUCUGACCUCAGAAUAUGUGGAGCUCACAGAUGGCCUGUAUACAAAAAGCAAGAUCAGAAGGAGACAUCGAGGUUUUGAAAUUGAAGAAUUUGAAGACAGUUUGGAAUUUACUGAUGAAGAGAAAGACUCCAGUCCAGUUCCGGUCUUCACUGGACAUAAGCUGAUGUCUGUUCACUCAGAAUUUUUAUGUGAUAAAAAUGAAAAAAACAGGGCCAAAUACAACAAAAUCUUCCGAGAUCUGGCAGUGUUGGGUUACCUUAGCCAGCUGAUGCCUCCUGUGCCAGGACCACUUAGUCCUCUGCACAGCCUCACACCCUAUCAGGUCCCCUUCAGUGCAGUUGCCGUCCGGAUCACUCAUGCCGAUGUGGCCCCUGCCCACAUACUGUACGCGGUGAAUGCCAGCUGGGUUGGCCUUUGCAAGAUCCUGGAUGAUAUGAAAGGAUACACUCGGGGGCCCAUCCUGCUUGCCCAGAACCCCAUAUGUGACUGUUUGGGCUUUGGCAUCUGCAGAGGCAUUGACAUGGACCAGCGGCUGUACCACAUCCUCACCCCUUUGCCUCCAGAAGAGUUGAAAACUGUGAACUGUCUGCUGAUUGGUGCCAUUACUGUUCCACAUUGUAUUUUCAAGAACCAGCCUGGGCUCGAAGGGACAAUUCCUUACACCACCACGGAUUAUAACUUUAAACUUCCUGGAGCCUCGGAAAAAAUUGGAGAAAGAGAGUAUGCAAAUGGAUUUCUUGGGUACAGAGCCUAUAAAAAAGGAAAAUAAAGCCUUGCUACGGACAGAGACUUUCCUUCCUGGGAUCCUUGUCCUCAAGCCCUGAGGCAGCAGACUGAGUGGGGCUUUGUGGCUGUGAGCAGCAAACUCAUGUCCAGUGUUGAUGAGACUGGAAAAUGUGCUGCAUACGACAUAGCUUUUCUCUUCCUCUAAGACAGGGUCUCCUGUCUGUCAUCCAAGUGUGGCAUUACAGGCCUGUGUCACCACACCCGGCGUUCAGGCUUUUCUCCUAAGUUGUUUGAUCUCAAACUUGGCCUGGACUUCUUCACAACUGGCCGUCCUGGGUGAGUGGAGCAUUUCCUUCAGAGCUGCGGAGCGGCAAGGGAGGCUGUGCUCGUGGUCAGACAGGAAGUGCUCGGCCCUCUCUCUCACUUCGCGGCCCAAGGACCCGACUGUCGGACUCAAGAUAAAAUUUGGGAAACCAGGGUCACAAAAAUGUGCGGCAUCUGGGCAGUGGUGGCGCACGCUUUUGAUCCCAGCCCUCGGGCGGGAGGCAGAGUCAGCUGGAUCUCUGUGAGUUCGAGGCUAGUCUGGUCUACAGAGCAAGAUCCAGGACAGGCACCAAAACUGCACAGAGAAACCCUGUCUCACACCACCCCACCCCACCCCCAAAAAAAGUGCCGCUAGCCAGGGCAGCAGGCUGACCCCGCAGUUGUCAGGGCAGCAGGCUGACCCCGCAGUUCUCAGGGCAGCAGGCUGACCCCACAGUUGUCAGGUGCGGUGCAUAGCCGCCAAGGUCCUGGGCAGGCGGUGUGGACGGAGAGACUUUGAGCCACGCGGACCUCACCAGCGAGGGGAGAAGACUCCAAUGCCUGAUCCUUUGAUGCCAUUGAAUCUCCAAUCAUGUUGUCAAGUGUUAGAGGAUUAUAUUUGGUCUGUUAGUUUCUGGGUCAUUCUAAUCAUGAGACUUUAUGUUGAAGAAGUUGCUCUGACAUCCAGAAAGCCUCCAGAAGGUUCCUUAAGUCUGGGAAUGCUCUGACUGACUCCUGUUGAGGCUGGACACACUGCCAUGGGGCCACCAGCCUAUGAACAGACACAUUUGUGCCUGGCUUGGACAAACCUUUGCUACCAGCGCUUUCUUCUAGGAACCAGGAGGCCACUGCAGGUACCAUUUUUUCCUAGUGGAUUUUGUAAUUAGAAGUGACUGGGUCAGGUCACUUUUGUGGUUGAAAAACAGGCCACUGAGCAACUUCUCAAGUUGGCAUGACCGACAUGUCAGGACUCCACCUUCCAGUAGGAUCAUGUUCAAAGACCAUUCGAGGCUGUGGAAGGUUUAAUGUUUAUGUUCAUGUACACCAUUGAUUAUCUACACCUUGUCUGUAACCAUAGCACGCUGAGUGUUCCUGGUCUUGUCUGCUUGGCCCCAUCUUUGGGACACUGCUGGGUGCCCUCGGCAUUUGAAAAACCCAUUAGGAGACAGAACUGCAGCAGCCAGCCACUUAACUCGCUGUCCCUUAUUUAUUUCUAACUUUAGCUUGUGUCUUUCUGUGUGGUGGGGAGGGGGCUCUUACCAUGUUGCCCAAGCAGGUCUCUGGCUCCGUUGCUCUUCCUCUUCCGAAUGCUGAGGUCACAGGUGCAGUGACCUAGCACCACCCCUCUUCCUGUGUUCCCCGGGUCUUCCUGUCUUCACAAGAAUAAAGAUCCUGAAAUGCAGGUCUCCCUUUUGCAUUUUUCAUAAAGGUGUGCUUUUAGGUGACCUUCACUUAUCAGUAGAUACCCAGUGUGAGCAGUAGAGGGAGCUGUGGGCAUUGGGCAGGGGGCUGGGAGGAGCAGUCAUCUGGAACAGGAUUACUGGAGAGAGGUCUUGCUGUGAAGCCCUGGCUUAGGUAAGACCUGCACCAAAGUGUCUUGUCCAUGUGAUUUUGGUGUCAGGGCAUUUGGGGCAAGGAAGACAUUGGACUCGAUGCCAUCUUUUUGGGGGGUUUGUUUUUGUUCUGAGACAGGAUCUUGGCAAUGAACAGUCUAAACUCAGACGCACGCACGAUCCUCCUGCCUUAAUUUCAAGGGCUGGGAUUGCAGGUGUGUUUGGUGUAACAGACACUUGUCUUCAGUGACUCUUCUGGUGUGGCCUGUCUGAAAGGCGAGCAUCAAGGUUUUGUCCCUCCUGAAGGCUGGGAAUGGUGUGAACAUAAAUGUCAGGACACAAUUCUCUGUCAGGCUUCCCUUCAGUCCAGUCCUGUUGCCGUGUGUCUUUGUGAAAGUGCACUGAUAAGAAGCUACAUCUUCAAAAGCCCCAGCGUACUGCUUUUAAAAUUGUCUAUGCCCGUGUAGAAAACAGCCCUUCAGUGCCCACUGCGUAGGUGGCACUGAAUCUUGUGAACAUCACAUCUGACUCUUGAGUUUAAAAAUAAUUCCCCACUGUGUGUGAUUUCUGCCAUCUCCUUUUGCUAUGAACUUGAUCAUUAAAAUUUUUGAGAACAUCAUUUUAUGUAC